AUGCUUUACUCCUGCGUGGGCUACUGUGCCCCCAUKYCAAGUUUGGUCGUGGACAAUAACCGGGGAAAGGAGACUGGCACGGGGUCCGUGGUCGGUAAAAGAACCGAGAAUAACGCCAGAGCGGACCUCGUGUCCAGACUACUCCCUAGACUCCCACCCUGGGUGGAUAUAGAAUCCGAUUACGACGAACCAUCCGUCCGGACCUCCUCCAGAGACCUGCUCAAUAAAGAGAUAGACGCGUACAGAGGAGUUGAUGACUGGGGUGAGAUGAGGGGUGAGGGGCAGAGAGCUCCUGAACCCGGUGCGAUGUCAAGUUUCUCCAACGACUUGGGGAGCAAGAAACUGCCGCAGGCGAUCAUCAUCGGGGUAAAGAAAGGAGGGACGCGCGCGCUGCUCGAGUUCCUCCGCGUGCAUCCAGACAUCAGAGCGGUGGGAGCCGAGCCGCACUUCUUCGACCGCAACUACGAGAACGGACUGGAGUGGUACAGAUAACCAGGGCCAUCUCUGACUACACACAGACGCUGUCCAAGAACCCAGACAUUCCCACCUUCGAGAGCCUGACCUUCAAAAACAGGACAACGGGGCUCAUUGACACAUCCUGGAGCGCCAUCCAGAUCGGUAUCUAUGCCAAGCAACCUGGACAACUGGCUGCAGUACUUCCCCAUGGACCAGAUUCUGUUCGUGAGUGGGGAGCGUCUGAUCAGCGACCCGGCCGGAGAGCUGGGCCGGGUGCAGGACUUCCUGGGACUCAAGAGGAUCAUCACAGACAAACACUUCUACUUCAACCAGACCAAGGGCUUCCCUGCCUCAAGAAGGCUGAGGGCAGCAGGCAAGCCCCACUGCCUGGGCAAAACCAAGGGCGGACCCACCCCAACAUCCACCCAGAGGUGGUGGCAGAGGCUACGGGACUUCUACAGGCUUCAACAUGA